AGAAGAAAGCAAUGUUUUGAAUCGGACUCCAUUAUUUAUCGUUCUGUUGAGUCUUUUUUUUUUCUUUUUCUUUUUUUUUUUUCCUGAAAAGCUCAGAUAAACAUCCUGGUUUAUCCUGAUGUCUUAAGAAUGAAGCAGGUGGACAUUAAGAAGUUAAAAGUGGCCGAACUGCGGUCCAAACUAACCGAACUGGGUUUGGACAGUAAAGGUCUGAAGGCUGACCUGGUGGACAGACUGUGGUCGGCCUCGCAGUCAGUACAGAGUCCAGAACAUGUAGAACUGCUGGAGGGCAGCCCAUCAAUACUGUCUGGACCGACAGAACCAGAUGAGGUUAAGGUUCGGACCGAGUCCUCAUCACCGCCGGUGAUCGACUGUGUCUCUGCGCCGUGUGAAGUAGACCGGGGUAGAGAAUACACAGACGCUGCCACUCAAACUGAGCCAGAACCCGGUCCACCAGCGGUACCACCGGGUUCCGAGUGUCUUUCAGGGGCCGAGAUUGUCUGCCAGGCGGAGGGGAGGAAGCUGGGACAUUCAGAUGGUCCUCUCUCUGAGGAAAUGGGCAGAGGAAGAGCCUUCUACGAGUUCAAGGAGGAGAUUCGAUACAAAAGAUCCAAAUCACCACAGCUUCAACAGGACAAAGGUGAGGAAGAGUGGGAUGAAGAUAAAGUUAGAUUAGAUCCAUACGGCUGUCACCUCCACUUUGAAGUGAGCUCUGAUGGAUCCUGUGGGCAGCCACGGUUCUGGGAUCGGUUCCCGCUGCUCUGGUCCGGCUGCAGGCUCACCCACGGGGUGCGGAAGGGAUGGGUGGGGUUUGAGGUUCGGCUGGAGAGGAAGUUGCUGACUGCUGACCAAGAGGUCAAGGAUCCAUACGGACUGAGAGUGGGCUGGUCUGUGGGCGACUCCUCUCUGCUGCUCGGGGAGGACGAGCUUUCUUUUGCUUAUGAUGGACGCGGUAAAAAGGUUUCUGAUGGAACCCAAGAGGAGUACGGUGAGCCUCUCUCUGAGGGGGACAUCAUUGGCUGUUAUGCUGCCUUUUCUGCAGAUGGCGCUGUUGAGUUGUUUUUCCAUAAAAACGGUUGUUUCCUGGGAACGGCUUUCUCCCUGAGUGCCUCUCUACUGCGGGGUCGAGUCUUGGUUCCUCAUGUUCUCUGUAAGAACUGCUCAGUCCGAUUCCUUCUAGACCGCAUAACCCCUCAGUGGUACCCUGGACCGAUGGGAUUUACCCCGCUGACAGCGCUCCCUGCUGGUCAGAGGGUGCACAUCACAUCGGCUCCUACCUCCAAAAUGCAGUCUGAGGCUGCAGGUUUCAUCUCUCUGUACCUGCAGGUGGUAAUGAUGGUGGGUCUUCCUGGCACUGGGAAGAGUUUCUGGGCUCAGACGCUGAUGAAGCAGCAUCCAGAGAAGAAGUACAAACUGCUGGGGACAGAAGACCUGCUUUCUUGUAUGCUUAGUGGUGGUCAGAGAGAUGGCAGGCUGCAGCAGGCCUCCCAGUGUCUAACUGAUCUGAUUAAAGUCGCUGCCAAGACACCUGGAAACUACAUCCUCGACCAGUGCAACGUCCUCUUCUCUGCACGUCGACACAAGCUGCAGUUGUUUGCAGGCUUCAGGCGGGUGGUGGUGGUGAUCUUCCCGUCUGCUGACGAGUGGAAAAGACGACUGUUGCAACAUCGAAUGAGCGACGGCGAGCACAUCCCUGAGACCGCCCUGCUCAAACUCCAAGUGAGCUGCAGUCUUCCAGAACCGCAGCCUGACCUGAUGGAGGAGUUACAGUACGCAGAGCUGCCACAGGAACAGGCACAAAUCCUCCUGACGCAGUACAAAGAGGAGGCUCACAGACUGCUGCCUCCUGUCAUCAAACCAGACAAGAAACCCAGAUGGAACAAGAGAAGACGUCACAGGAUGCAGUGGGGAGCAGUUCAUGGUUGGUACGACACAAGAAGUGACAUGCAGUCUUGGAGUCAGCAACCAGAGAGCAGACAUUGGAACCUGCCUUAUCAGCAGCAGAACUACAACUACAGCAGAAGUUUCGGUUUCAGCGGCUAUCCGAGUUACUCCUGAGGAAACAUGAAACAAGAACGAGGCCGCUGUCACAGUGGACUGGGAUGGUUUUUAUGACGAUCACUGCGAAGAACAAAUGCCAAAAGUGCCGUGCAGAAGUCAUGAGGUGUCCCUCAUUUGAAAUUAGACAGAAACACACUUUCUUGUAACCUCUUAAGCAUUUGUUCUCCACAUCCUCCUUUUUCAAUCCACGAUCUGCAAUCGUGGUGCUAGUUCUGUAAGCGCAGUGAUCUCGCCAGGUCAACUUUUAUGGAAUGGAAGAUAAAGGUGCUUUGUUUAUUUUUAAAAAAAUACCUAAUGCUAUUCUUAGAUAUUUAUUCCUUUUAGUAUUUUAUGUAAAACAAGAACAUUUUAAAUUUAAGGAAUGAACCAGUGUCUGCCCCUAACAGAUUGCUAAGCAAAACACUAAUUUUUGUCUCCAUCUUGUGGCAUCGUUUGUUCCCUUUUUCUUAGUUGAAUAAGAAAAAUCCAAAGACAUUGGAGAACGAUGAAAAUAUCAAUAUUCUCAGUUAUGUGUGAGGUGAUCACCUUAUGCAUGAUUCAUCCAGCAGGUCCUGUCAUGUAUUUGCUAGCUUUCUUUCCAUCCUUUGUAAGACCAUCUGUUUUUCUCUUGUAGCUUUCUUUAGCUAGACACUUCU